AAGUAUAUUAGGAUUACAGUUAUAAAAAAAAAAACGGAUAAAGUCCAACAAGGCAAAAGAAAAAAAAAAAAACAGAUGAGAAAGUAAUGGCUUCAAUUUCUUUACUCUGUUGCAAUUGCUACUUCACAUCUUUCUCCAACAAGACACCUCUCCAUCUUUUGAAACCUAACUUAAACUUCCUCUCUGCUUCACCUUCUUUUCGAUUUAACAGUUGCAGAAAGCAACAUCUUCCAUGUUGCACCAACUCUUUCCCAGACGAAGACCAACACCAACCAUUAUUCUGUCGUUUUAGGCUUCAAGAACCAUAUGGAAGAAGAGAAGCUUUGUUCAGCGUGGCAUUUACCACUGGGUUUACUUUUCCAGGGCUUAUUUCUAAUGCAUUUGCAGAGAUUGAUGACUUCCGCCUUUAUACUGAUGAUGCCAACAAGUUCCAAAUAUCGAUUCCCCAAGACUGGAGAGUAGGUGCUGGAGAACCUAAUGGGUUCAAAUCAGUGACCGCUUUCUACCCAGAAGAAGCUUCAGGCUCUAGUGUCAGUGUAGUGAUCACAGGACUCGGUCCGGAUUUUACUAGAAUGGAGUCUUUUGGCAAAGUGGAAGCCUUCGCCGAAACUCUGGUUAGUGGAUUGGACAGAAGCUGGCAAAGGCCCCCAGGCGUUGCAGCAAAACUUAUCGACUGUAAAGCGACUAAAGGGAUUUACUACAUUGAGUACACAUUACAAAACCCAGGCGAAGGUCGCAAACAUCUGUUUUCUGCUCUUGGGAUGGCUUUCAAUGGUUGGUAUAACAGACUGUAUACAGUGACAGGGCAGUUUGUGGAAGAGGAGUCAGAGAAUUAUGGAUCAAAGGUUCAGAAGGUUGUUUCAUCAUUCAAGUUCAUCUGAUAACAGAGGUAGCUGCAGAGUUUAUGCCGUUACGAUGGUUAUCUUUUUCUUGUUUCCCUUUCUCCACUAUGGUUUACAUUCUUGGGCAACUGAACUGGCCGCAGUAUCAUGUGCGCUUGUUCAGAUUUUUAGCAGGUUUGUCUUCUAUGAUGGCAUCAAAAGGCCUCUUCUUCUCCUGCAAAAGUAUUAAAGCAAUUGUGAAAUUAAUACGAUGAAUCGGUUCAGAUGUAUUGUGAACAUAAUAUGCUUAUUCUCAUGAAUGUUCAUUUGGCUUCUCUCAGGCCAAACUGAACGCCAUUUAUAUGGGAACAGUCUAAAUCAAAUGCAUUCAACCAUA